AGAAUAGAGAGUCGCAAUCGGCAAAAAAAUUAAAAAUUGGGUGACAUUUCUGAAUAAAUUGUAGCGAUAUUGAAAAUUCCUCAAACCCAAAACUUCUUAGUUAUUUCUUAUAGAUUCAAAGUGUAAAUUAUAUUAUCUACAAUUUAGCAUUAAGGAAGUACAAAAUUGUGCAAAAUGGCUUUAAGUAUGUGGUUAUAGAGUGGUCCCUCAAGAUAAGGGAGGUGCUAGUGAUUUUGGGGUCAAGUCAUUGAAAGGUCGAUCAAUGUGUGACCGGUACCCAGGAUAUCUGUUCGGUGGGACCCCAGUGAGCAGCUGGGACAGAAGCUUUAAUUCAUUAGAAAAUCAAAUUCAGCAGCAGUAUCGAGGUCGACAUCACCCGAGCGUCCGUUGUUGGGGCAGCAUGUCGGAAGGCGGGGGCAUAUCUUCCGCGGGCGGCGAUACCAGCAGGACCAACCUGAUAGUCAACUAUCUACCGCAGACUAUGACUGAAAAGGACCUAUACGCCAUGUUUAUGACUAUAGGACCUAUUGAGAGCUGCAGAGUUAUGAAGGACUUUAAGACUGGUUACAGUUACGGCUUCGGCUUUGUUAACUUCACAAGAGAAGAAGACGCGGCGAGAGCGAUCGACACUUUCAACGGCUACCAGCUCAGAAAUAAGCGGUUAAAGGUGUCAUACGCGCGUCCGUCCGGCGAAGAUAUAAAGGACACGAACCUUUACGUCACAAACUUACCCCGCGGCAUCACCGAGGAGCAGCUGGAGACGAUAUUCGGCAAAUACGGACGAAUAGUGCAGAAACACAUAUUAAGGGAUAAGAAUAAUGGCAACCCUAGGGGAGUCGCGUUUGUUAGGUUUGAUAAGCGUGAAGAGGCUCAAGAGGCGAUAGCGGCGCUAAACAACGUCAUACCGGAGGGCGGUACGGAACCGCUGUGCGUUAAGGUAGCAGAAGAACAUGGCAAGCAGAAGGCGGCGUACUACGCAGGUUGGGCGGCUGGUUUCCAUCACAAUCGAGGAGACUUCAACUGGAGUUGCGGAAGCUGCAUGAUACCAGGUCCGGACCCUUGGGACACGUUUCCCUCCCCACCCUUACCAGGAAGUCUUCCCAACACACCCAGAAACGGAUGCAGACCGGGCGUUUGCGUCAACAACAGGAUGGGUUACCCUCCUGGAAAAGUUACUCCCAGAUCAGGACGUGGAAGAAACUUCCCAUGGGGUCAAGGUUAUGGUGGCGAGGAGAGAUUCAAAGGGCCCAGGAUGAGGAAUGGCCAGGCGCCAUAUUGGUAAAGUAAAAUUGUACUCUGCCCAUUGUAGUCGUUUUCUAUUUGACAUUAGUUCCAUGCGAAUAGGGAUGAUGGCUACUAGUCAAAUCAGCUACUUUGUAUCAAACGUCAAUACGUUCGCUUAGUAAGGGAGCUUGUAUGAAAUACACGGAUGUGACGUCAUAAACGUUUGACGUAAUUUGACGUACUUUGUUAGUUAGUAGUUAAUACUAUGUGAAAAAAUAAUGAAGAUGAACAGAAGAUAUGUCAAAUGGAUAAUAGCAGAUUGGGCGGAGUACAUUAAGGGCUGAUUUCUCAAUCGUCAAAUGACUUUUAUCUCAGGAAUAAAUUUGACGUUUUGGCAGAUAACCCAUCGAAAAAUGACAAAACCUCAAAUUUAUUCCUCAGAUAAAAGUUAUUUGACGAUUGAAAAAUCAGCCCUUAGUUGGUAAUUUAUAACCAUGAUGGCGACUCGAUUUGUUAAGUUGUAAAUACAGUAGUUUGCGGAGAUCGUCUGUCUAUAAGGGUCUUUUAAUAAAGCAAUGAACUUGCGUUUUUUUUUUUUGCUUUUUUUUUAGUGGAUAACUAAUGAUAUUGUAAGAACAUUUUUAUUAUGAACUAAUAAAAGUGUUUGCGAUAGGUGUAAUAUACGAAAUAAAUGAUUUCAUUUUAGGUUUUCUUUAAUUUUUAUUUUUAAACAAUGUACUUUUUUGACAGAAUUCUGUGGAUGACCGGUUUAAGAUAAACAGUUUUUUUUUAUUUAAAGUAAGGUAGUAUUUACACGGAACCGUGUUGUCACACAGGCUGCAUAAGCGUAGACGUAGCGCGUACCAUUGCGUUGUAAUGUAUGGAACUGUAUGAGACAUGGCAUACCGCUUGAGUGGCGUGAACGUACGCGUAGACGUAAUGCGUGCAGUUAUGUCUACGGAUUCACGCACGUCACUACGCACGUGUCACGUGUACGUGCUUGGUGUGAAUCGGCCUUAACGUCACCUCACAUAAACUACCGCUCAAAAGUAUUUGGCCAUCUGCAUUUUAUUCGGUUACAAACAAUAUAUUUUAAAGAAAUCAUUUAUUAGGUUUAAUUGUUUGUAUAACGCCGCAAUAUACUUAUCUACGGUUAUGUCUAAAAAUGGCUAAUAAACAGUUAAAAUAAUUAUAUUAAUCCUGAAGUAGUUUCAUUCACUAAAACUUUUACAAAGUAUUUUACUAGGUGGCCAAAUACUUUUUAGCGGUAGUGUAGGAUAAACGAUGUUAGAUGGCAUGUAAUUGGCGUUAAUCAAGUCGAUUCGUCUGAAAAAAUCAAUGGAUUACGUAAUGUUUGAUGUAUAGAAAAAAAAACAUUUUUUUUUGCUUUUUUUAACUAUACUAAUAAGUUAGUGAUUUUGUUGUGCAUUUUUUAAAAGUUACAAAGGUUAUGUUAAGUUUUUUGCUUCAUUUUCAUUUUUUGGUACAUUUGUUCUUGCAAUGAGCUUUGGAGACACAGAAUUCAGAAAGGUAUACAUAGAAGUGUUAAAAUAGCGGCCACACAGUUAGUGAAGCAUCAUAGCGCGUUAUUGUAUAAACAAAAGUAUUUUUAUAGCGUUACAGUUAACGUGUGUAUCUGUGUGUCUGUAUGUGGCAAUUUAGUUUUGCCGUGCUAUUACACGUUUUGUGAAAUCGGUUUGUUUAGCUGGGAUUACAGAUAAGAUUUCUGACUGAAAUGUGUUUAUAGUUACGUUGAUAUGCCGGACAUAUGCGUAUGCCAUUUCUAUUACCGUAUCUAGAAUUCUGUGUUACAAGAUAAUUUUAGUUUUUAUGUACCUAACAGUUUCUCUCAUGAUGUCUACUGUAUGUAGAGUGCUUGUAAAUUUUUUUUUCAUUAUAUUAUAGUUUUGCUUUCUUUGUAUUAUAUAUUAAAACAUGUCAGUUUUAAUAAAAGAGACACAAUUAAUUUUGA